AUGGCCACCCCCAGUGUUCUCACCUUUGACGCUGAGGGUCGGGCUGUUGACUUUGAGGUCUGGCUCGAUGAUCUGCAGCUUUUCCUACAGUGCGAUAGGGCAGACGGUCUCUCCCUCUUUGACCUCACUUCUGGUGCCUCUCCUUCCCCUGCUGCUGAUGCUGACGCCACUGUUCGCUCACAGUGGGCCACGCGCGAUGCUGCUGCCCGCCUUGCUGUGUGCCGCCACUUGCCGACCGCUGCGCACUUUAGUCAGUACAAGAGUGCUAAGACCUUGUACGACGCUGUAGUUGCACGCUACUCUUCCCCUGCCACUGCUGCACUUAGCCGCCUCAUACUGCCGUACCUCUUCCCUGACCUCGCCGCUUUUCCCACUGUCGCUGACCUCAUUACGCACCUUCGCACUAGUGACACUCGCUACCGCGCUGCGCUUCCUGCUGAGUUCUGCGCCAAGAACCCUGCCCCAAUGGACCACUUUCUCUCUGUUUGCCCCACCACUCUCACCGUUGACCUCCUCGAGGAGCGUCUCCUAGCAGCAGAGACGAGCAUAGUUGCUGUAGGAGCCUCUCGUGGUGACCCUCGUACCCCUGUCUUUGAGGGGUGCUCCCCCUCCCCCCUCUUGCCCUCUGUUGCCUCUGCUGCUGCGGCCGACCUCGUUGUUCCUGAGUCGGUCGCUGCGGCGUCUACCCCUAGCGGGAGACGUCGCCCGGGCAAGGGCAAGGGGGGCAAGGGCGUUGGGGGAGCUGGCGGAGGCGGUGGAGGCGGCAGUGGAGGAGGCGGAGGGAGUGGGGGUGGCGGUGGGAGUGGUGGUGGGAGUGGGGGCACUGGUGGGGGCAGUGGCGGCGGAGGAGGAGGCGGUGGUGGAGGUAGCGGCGGCGGAGGUGGAGCGGGUCGGGGCGGCUCUACGCAGAGGGUCGGCUCCGGUGGUGGGCAGCGCCAGCAGCAGCAGCAGCAGCGUCCUCGUGAGACCCCUUCCCCCCAGCAGCUUCGUGAGUGGUACGCUGCUCGUCAGCGGGGCGGGGGUGCUGGCCCCUGUACCUACGUUCUCCGUAGGGCGGGUGUUGCGAUCUUUGAUCUUGAUUAUGAUGCUAUUCUUGCUGCCAUGUAUGCUGUGACUAUUAGUGAUGAGGGUGACUGUUACCGGUGUUUUCCGCCCGACCCGGGCAUUGAGGCUGCUGCUCUAGGUGCUGGUGAGGCUGCUGCUCUAGGUGCCAGUGCGUCUGCCGCCCCAGGUGCCGGUGAGUCUGCGCUCUCAGGUACUGCGUCGUCUCCGGACACCCACACCUUCACCCUUGACUCGGGUGCUUCCCGCUCCUUCUUUCGAGACUGCACCACGCUCACGCCGCUUAGUCGGCCAGUGGCGGUCUCCCUGGCAGACCCCUCUGGGGGCCCUGUCCUUGCCCGCUUCUCCACUGUCCUACCGUGUCCGGCGGCCCCUUCUGGCACCCUGUCAGGCCUUUACCUCCCCUCGUUCUCUACGAAAUUGGUGAGUGGUGCUGACCUCCAGGAUGCAGGGGUUCACCAGUUCACUCCUGCGAGUCAGCGAGUGACCCACUGUACCUGUGCUCGGUCGGGCCGUCACUUGGCCACGUUUACCCGUCAGCCGGGGUCGAGCCUGUACACACUCACCACUAAGUCUCCUCCAGUCGCUGAGUCUGCUCAGGUAGCAGCGUCGGGUCAGGUGUUUGCUGCGGCGUCCAGGUCUGGCCCUGAGUCUGCCCCCUGCUCGUGUCGUCUCCUGUCCCACCGGACUCUCCUCUGGCACCACCGCCUUGGUCACCCCUCCCUGCCUCGUCUUCGAGGCAUGGCUUCCCGUCUUCUUGUCUCUGGCCUCCCCCGGUCCCUCCCUCCCCUUCCUCCGGGGCCUGCCCCCACCUGCGUUCCUUGCGUCGAGGGGCGGCAGCGCGCUGCUCCUCACUCCUCCGAGUUUCCUCCGACAGAGGCUCCACUGCAGACGCUUCACAUGGACGUGUGGGGCCCUGCCCGCGUCCGUGGGCAGGGUCACGAGCGUUACUUCCUGUUGGUGGUUGACGACUACUCGCGCUACACCACAGUCUUCCCCUUGCGCAGCAAGGGUGAUGUCACUGAGGUGUUGAUCGCCUGGAUCCGCGCAGCUCGUCUCCAGCUCCGGGAGAGUUUCGGCUCGGACUUUCCUGUCCUGCGUCUGCACUCCGACAGAGGCGGAGAGUUCUCCUCUGACCUUCUGCGGGCCUUCUGUCGUGCACGAGGCAUCCGCCAGACCUUCACGCUUCCGGACUCUCCACAGAAAAAUGGGAUUGCUGAGCGCCGCAUUGGCAUGAUCAUGGACGUCGCUCGUACGUCCAUGGUCCAUGCGGCUGCCCCCCAUUUUCUGUGGCCGUUUGCGGUUCGGUACGCGGCGCAUCAGAUCAACCUUCACCCCCGGGUCUCCAUGCCGGAGACCUCCCCUGCUUUACUGUGGACGGGGAAGGCUGGCGAUGCGUCUGCGUUCCGUGUCUGGGGAUCUCGGGCGUUUGUCCGCGACUUGUCUGCGGACAAGCUGUCCCCUCGUGCUGUUCCCUGCGUCUUCCUUGGCUUCCCUCCUGACGCGCCAGGCUGGCAGUUCUACCACCCCACCUCGCGCCGUGUUCUGUCCUCCCAGGACGUCACCUUUGACGAGUCGGUAGAUGCAGUCGAGCCUGUCGAGGUAGCUGUUGACUCUGGUGCUGAGCCUGGGGGUGCUGGGUCUGGGGGUGCUGCGACUGGGGGUGCUGAGCUUGGGGGUGCUGGGCCUGGGGGUGCUGAGCCUGGGGGUGCUGGGCCUGGGGGUGCUGAGUCUAGUGGUGCUGAGCCUGGGGAUGCUGCGCCUGGGGGUGCUGUGCCUGGGGGUGCUGAGCCUGGGGGUGCUGCGUCUCGGAGUGCGGAGCCUGAGGGUGCUGGGCCUGCUCGUGUGGCGUCUGGUGGUGCUGGGCCUGGAGGUUCUUCGGGUGCUUCGUCCCGGCGGGAGCUACUCUCUCCACAGGAGCUGCGUGAGUGGUUUGCCCGCUGCUGGAGGCGUGCUGCUGGAGCUGGCGGUGCUACGGACGCUGGAGGUUCUGCUGCUGCUGAGGGUGCUGGUGCAGAGGGUCCCAGAGGUGCUCGUACAGGGUGUACUGGAGCUGCUGGGCCUACGGGUGCUCCUACUGCUGGAGCUGGUGGUCCUGCUGGUGCUCCUGGCGUUGGUGCUGCUGGUGCUCCUGGCGUUGGUGCUGCUGGUGCUCCUGGAGCUGGAGCUGCUGCGUCUUCGGGUGGUCCGGCUGGAGCUGGAGCUACUGGGGGUGUUGGCACUGGAGGUGCUACUGGCGCUGGUGCUUCUGGGGGUGCUGGAGUUGGCGCUGCUGGAGCUGGGGGUACUCCUGGUGCUGGUGCUGCCGUUGGGGGUGCUGGUGCUGUUCCUGCUGGUACUGGUGGCGCUGCGCGGCCACGGCCGUACUUCGUUCCGCUCCUUGAGCAGGUUCUUGGUCUUCCGUCCUCUCUUGGUCCUGCUCCUGGCUUAGAGUGUCCGCCUCCUGUCCAGUCUGAGUCACAGUUACAGCCGGCCUCCCCGCUUCCUUCUCCUUCUCCCUACGCUGGUCCUACUGGAGGUCUUGCUGAGCGGCGUCUCGCCCUGCGUCGCCGGUCCGUGCUGCUCGCAGUAGUGGCAGGUCGUGGUUCGCGUCAGCGUCCUCCCCCUGUCCCCGGCACGCACCGGAUGUCUCUGCGUCCUUCCACUGCUCCGCUGCGUGCCCCUUUGCCUUCUCCUCCCGCGUCCUCUCUUCCUGCACUUCCUGACCCGGAGUCGGACUCCCUUCGUGCUGCGCGUCCUACUGUCACGCGUCUCCUUGCUACUGUCGUCACUGACCCUUCCUUUGAGUCUACUGCUGCGUCUGCCCUAGUUGCUGAGCUUGUCGACUUCGCUGCUCGCUGUCGCCUAGACUACGCUGCCAGUCUCGUCGCUGAGUCUGAGUCUGUCUGUCCUCCGUCCGUCGAGGGUGAGUGUGCUCUUAGCACGGACGUCCUUGAGGACAGGCAGGAGGAGUUCCAGUGCUUGGCUGCUGCUUCACCUCAUCUCGUGUCCAUGCUGCUUGCCCUUGAGGGAGACCCGGAUGCACUUGACAUCCCGACUCCGCGCUCUUACGCGGAGGCGAUAGAGGGUCCCUACUCCUCUCAGUGGCAGGCAGCCAUGGACGCAGAGAUGGCUUCCUGGAAGUCCACAGGCACCUACGUUGACGAGGUUCCCCCACCUGGGGCGAACAUCGUCAGUGGCAUGUGGAUUUUCAGGGUAAAGCGGCCGCCGGGUUCUCCGCCUGUCUUCAAGGCGCGUUACGUGGCUCGUGGCUUCAGUCAGCGGCAGGGAGUUGACUACUUUCAGACCUUCUCUCCCACCCCGAAGAUGACCACUCUUCGGGUACUGCUGCACAUAGCCGCUCACCGAGACUACGAGCUGCACUCUCUUGACUUCAGCACUGCUUUCUUGCAGGGCAGCAUGCACGAGGAGAUCUGGCUGCGCCGCCCACCUGGCUUCACUGGGACUUUUCCUCCUGGCACCCAGUGGAGCCUCCGGCGGCCAGUCUACGGUCUCCGCCAGGCACCUCGUGAGUGGCACGACACACUGAGGACUACACUUGCGGCUCUUGGGUUUGCUCCUUCUACUGCCGACCCGUCGCUGUUUCUGCGCACCGACAGUUCUUUGUCGCCGUUCUACAUCCUCGUGUACGUCGACGACUUGGUCUUUGCUACAGCUGACACUGCUGGACUCGCCCACGUGAAGUCCGAGCUGCAGAAGAGACACACGUGCACAGACCUGGGUGAACUGCGCAGCUACCUUGGCUUGCAGAUCACCCGGGACAGAGCACAGUGCACCAUUACCCUGACUCAGUCACACAUGGUGCAGCAGGUCCUUCAGCGCUUCGGCUUCACGUACUCCUCGCCUCAGGCCACUCCUCUGUCUACACGCCACUCGCUCUCAGCUCUGCCUUCGGAUGAGUCCGUAGAGUCGAGUGGCCCGUACCCAGAGCUUGUUGGCUGCCUCAUGUACCUGAUGACCUGCACUCGACCUGACCUUGCAUACCCUCUUAGCAUUCUGGCACGCUAUGUUGCUCCUGGGAGACACAGACCAGAGCACAUGGCUGCAGCGAAGAGGGUGUUGCGCUACUUGUGCAGUACGUCGGGCAUGGGGCUUGUGCUUGGAGGGCAGAGUCCAGUGGUCCUCACUGGUCACGCAGACGCUUCUUGGGCUGACGACCAGGCUACGCAGCGGUCGUCACAGGGUUACACCUUCAGCCUUGGUUCCGGCUCUGUUUCGUGGCGGUCUACCCGCUCGUCUUCUGUUCUCGGCUCCAGUUGUGAGGCUGAGAUCUACGCAGGGGCCAUGGCUGCACAGGAGCUACACUGGCUCACCUACCUGCUGACUGACCUGGGAGAGCCGCCUCGUUCUCCUCCAGUGCUGUACGUAGACAACAAGGCCAUGCUGGCCUUGUGUCGGGAGCACAGACUGGAGCACAGAACGAAGCACAUCGCUCUUCGCUACUUCCUUGCUCGUGAGCUGCAGCAGCGUGGUCAGCUGCGUCUUGCUUACGUGGCCUCUCAGGCCAACACUGCUGAUAUCUUCACUAAGGCACUCGCGCCUUGUGAUCAUCAGCGCUUUUGUACUCUGUUAGGUCUUGUGCCUACCUUGCCUCACUUGCUCACUUCUUGA